UUACUUUUUUCUAGGAACAAAUACAGGGUCCACAGUGUGGGUUUGCCAUGUAGCCAUUGGAUUGAUAUAUAAGAUUCUAAUCCCAUGUUCUACGUAGAGGAAUAAAACCGCCCUCGAAAUAUUCUCCUUGAUGUAGAAAAGACCCCAAUCCAACGGUUUAUUCUGCACUGUUUUUUUCUCUCUUUAUUUCUUUAUUUCAGAUUAGUGAGCAGAAAGAUUGAUUAAGAUAUUUUGCGCUGUAACACAGAAAAAUUAGUAGUUGCAGUGAAACAAACGCUCUCUCUCUCUCUCUCUCUCUGGUUUUGUGAUUUUGCAUUUACAGAGCUUUCAUGGCGACGAAGCUACCCACAUUCUUUGUCGGGCCUGGUUGUCGUGGCCUGAACUGCAGACAGUCGCAUUCACGGCUUCCUUUACCUUCUCCUCGCCUGCUGACAAUCUCCUGCAGGAUGCGACAGAGGAAUUUAAGUGGUCAGAACUCAAAGCAGGUCAUUCCAGUCACUAUAUGUUCCCGGCAUAAGAGACAACGGCCAAAGAAUGUUUCUCCUGAACACUCACCCGCGAAUAUAGAAACCCAGAAAAAUGAUGAUGAAAGCAAUGAAAUCCAAGUUUCCUCUACAGAUAGCAUCUUUGAUUCAGAUAAGGAAUCCACAUCACGUACUGACACUAGUAUCAACAUCAAAAAGAUUGGGACAACAGAUUUUAGCAACUCAUGUCUUCUAGAAGAGAAGUCUUUGAUGGAGAAUGCUGAUGGUGGAGAACAGCUUUCAAAUGUUCAACUUGAGGAUUUGAUUGGCAUGAUUAGGAAUACUCAAACGAAUAUCUUGCUUCUUAGUCAAGCUCGAGUUCGUGCACUUAAUGAUCUUGACAAGAUUCUUGGUGAAAAGAAAGUCUUGCGGGGAGAAAUAAGCAUCUUGCAGAUGAGGUUGGCAGAAAUUGAUGCUUGGAUUAAAGUUGCAACCCAAGAAAAAAUACAUGUGGAUGUUCUUGAUGGUCAGUUGGAGAUACUGAAAAAAGAAUUCUUUGAGAGGGGUGGUGUUGAAGGGAGUGUGAAUGGUAUACAUAUCAAUGGAAAUAAAAUGUUGAAUGAAAAAAUCCUUGAAUUUCAUGAUAAUAGCUUUAGUUCACUCAAUGAGGAGCUUAGUUCACUAAGGAUGGAGAACACCUCCUUGAAAAAUGAUAUAUGGCAACUUAAGGCAGAACUUAGUAAGGUCAAGGAAACAGAUGAACGUGUGUUAGCACUGGAGAAAGAACGGUCAUCUUUGCUUGCUUCCCUUAAGGAGUUGGAAUCUAGAUUAUCAGUUUCUCAGGGAGAUGUUUCAAAAAUUUCUACCAUUGAAUCUGAAUGCAAGGACCUUUGGGAGAAGAUGGGACUUUUGCAAGCAUUGCUUGACAAGGCAACCAAGCAAGCGGAUCAGGCUAUUUCAGUGUUACAGGAAAAUCAUGAUAUCCGAAGGAAAGUUGAUAGGUUGGAAGAAACUCUGGGAGAAGUGGAUGCAUAUAGGUCAUCAUCAGAAAAUUUGCGACAAUAUAAUGAGCUAAUGCAACAGAAAAUAGGAAUCUUGGAAAAGCGCCUUCAAAGAUCUGACCAAGAGAUACAUUCUCAUGCUCAGUUGUAUCAAGAAUCUGUGAAGGAAUUCCAAGAUAUACUUACUAGUCUUACAGAAGAAAGCAAGAAAAGGGCAAUGGAUGAACCUGUUGACAAUAUGCCUUGGGAGUUCUGGAGUCGUUUAUUGCUUACUGUAGAUGGUUGGUUGCUUGAGAAGAAAAUAUCAUCACAUGAUGCAAAAAUAUUGAGAGAAAUGGCAUGGAAGAGACAUGCACGUAUUCAUGAUGCAUACUUGACUUGCAAGGACAAAAAUGAGCAUGAAACUGUGGCAACAUUUCUCAGGCUUACUACAUCACCAACACGUCCAGGGUUUCAUAUCAUCCAUAUUGCUGCAGAGAUGGCACCUGUGGCAAAGGUUGGUGGCCUAGGGGAUGUUGUGACUGGUCUUAGUAAAGCACUGCAGAAGAAAGGACACCUUGUGGAAAUUGUACUUCCCAAAUAUGAUUGCUUGAAAUAUGACUGUAUUGGUGACUUAAGGGCUCUAGAUGUGGUUGUAGAAUCAUAUUUUGAUGGCCAGCUUUUCAAAAAUAAAGUCUGGGUUGGGACAGUUGAAGGCCUUCCUGUCUAUUUUAUUGAGCCUCAUCAUCCGAAUAAGUUUUUCUGGAGAGGACAGUAUUAUGGGGAGAGUGAUGAUUUCAAACGUUUCUCAUUUUUUAGCCGUGCGGCACUUGAGUUGAUUCUCCAAGCGGGCAAGAAACCAGAUAUAAUCCAUUGCCAUGACUGGCAGACGGCUUUUGUUGCACCACUCUACUGGGAUCUAUAUAUCCACAAGGGUCUUAAUUCAGCUCAAAUAUGUUUCACCUGCCACAAUUUUGAGUAUCAAGGGGCAGCACCUGCUUCAGACUUGGCAUCUUGUGGUCUUGAUGUUCAUCAGCUAAAUAAACCAGAUAGGAUGCAAGACAACUUGGCCCGUGACAGAGUCAAUCCUGUUAAGGGUGCAAUUGUAUUCUCUAACAUUGUGACAACAGUAUCACCAACAUAUGCUCAAGAAGUGUGUACAGCAGAGGGAGGAAGGGGGCUCCAAACUACACUAAACUCUCACUCCAAAAAGUUUGUUGGAAUUCUUAAUGGAAUUGAUACCGAUGUUUGGAAUCCUGCAACUGAUGGUUUUCUAAAAGCACAGUAUAAUGUUGAUGAUCUUCAAGGGAAACUAGAAAAUAAAAUAGCUAUAAGAAAGCAGCUAGGCCUCUUGAGUGACAAUGCCAAGCAACCGCUGGUUAGUUGCAUAACAAGACUGGUUCCACAAAAGGGUGUGAAUCUUAUUAGACAUGCUAUACAUCGGACAUUGGAACUUGGAGGCCAGUUCAUACUUCUGGGUUCCAGCCCUGUCUCACAAAUUCAAAGGGAAUUUGAGAGUAUGGCAAACCAUUUCCAGAGUCACCCUCACAUUCGGUUGAUAUUGAAGUAUGAUGAGGCUCUCUCACAUUCCAUAUAUGCAGCAUCUGAUAUGUUUAUUAUCCCAUCUAUCUUUGAGCCAUGUGGCCUUACACAGAUGAUAGCAAUGAGAUAUGGUUCUGUGCCCAUUACAAGACAAACUGGUGGUUUAAAUGACAGUGUUUUUGAUGUUGAUGAUGAUAUGGUUCCAGUUCGCUUUCGCAAUGGUUUUACAUUUUUGACACCUGAUGAGCAGGGAGUAAACAGUGCUUUGGAUCGUGCAUUUAACUACUAUGCCAAUAAUGGUGAGAGUUGGCAGCAACUUGUUCAAAAAGACAUGACAAUAGAUUUUAGUUGGGAUUCUUCAGCAUCACAAUAUGAAGAGCUUUAUGAGAAGUCUGUGGCUAGAGCAAGGGUGGUACAUCGGACUUGAUCCCUGUCUGGAGUUUGUUUUGUUACAGUAGAAGGUGGUGUGUUUUUUCCAAAACCCAUGCACCUGCACAUCUGACGGAACUGUGUGUGGUUGGUUGUUUCUAAGAAGCACAUCCAGAGCUUGCCUUAAUUUUUGUCCGUGGACAGAAAAAAGGUGCAGUAGCAUUGAAAGAAUUUUGAAGCUGAUGAUUCUGAGUGGAGUUCAAAGGUAGAUGGAGAUUGAUUUCCUAAAUAAAGUGCAGUUUACAUUUCUUACCUUAGGUCAAGCCAUUCUUUUGUUCUUGAUGAACAACAACAAUAACAAUGUAUAUGUGUUCCCUUUAUAUUCUGUUGAAGCAAUUUUCUUUCACCUGAAGAAAGUCGUCUAGCUUUGUUAUAUUCUGUUUCAACAGGUAAGGUUUUGAUAAUCAAUGUAAAGUACAUUUAAAUCAUAUAAGUGCUUAAAUAUGGAUGAUAUUUGUUAAUAAAUACUCAAUUAGAUGUUCAUGUAAAAUGUAUCCUUUUCCUUCUCUUCUAAAAACUUGAAUUAUCUUGUACAUUCUUCCCAAAUUACUGGUUAUAUUCUUUGAUUGAUUAUUUUGCUUAAAUUUAUAGGCAGAAGAGCAACAAAAACAAUGAGCUUAGGAACUGUGGCUUCAAAUAAGCCCCCUUUGUUUCAUUGUAGAAGGGAUGGAAAACUUGUUCAAACUGAAAAAUUUCAAUUAUAUUUUCAGC